CGGUGAUCCUGAAGUUAACUUGACAAGUGUCACAGGGUCGAUUAGAAGAGGAGUCGGAGUCUUCCUGAACUUGGCUGUAAACAAAUAACAGAGCUGGGAUUGGAGAGGAUUUGUGUGUUUUUGUUCACGAUUCUCCUGAGAUGGACGUAGGCGUGUCCGAGUCCCACGUGUUUGUUAACUACAACCCCAGAGCCCUCUUCUCCCAGUGGGGCGUCCUGCUGGGUGCACGGCGGAUCAUGGAAGCAGUGAAGGAGGGUCAUAAGAGCAGCAUAAGCUCAGGGAAGAUGGUUGCUCUUGCUGCGGGGCUUUCUGUCGGGGCCACGGUCGGCUAUAUCGUCUACCGCCACAUAAACAGCACCACCACCAGCAGCAGUCAGGAAGACAACACUGAGGUUUCCAAAAUGUCCCUUCCUAUCGAAGUCUACAGGAACAUUUCCAGAAGUCAGUCCACGUUUUUGGAUACAGUAACUCAAAAGUCUGGAGCUCACGUGACGGUUUUGUCAAAGUCGGAGGAGCCUGGAUCCAAGGAAACUGUGUGUUUUCUUCUUCAGGGCUUAAAAGAGCAGGUCCUGCUGGCUCGUUGUGUCCUGGAGAACCUGGCUAUCAACUGUGAGCCAGCAACAGAGGUUUUGGAGGUUCCUCAAGCCUCCUUUGGACGGAUAAUAGGGCGCGGCGGUUCAAGUUUGAAGCUGAUCACCAGGACGACAGGAGCCAAGGUGGCCUGUUCCAAGGAGAAGACACAUGGCCCGGGAGCGAAGGGCAACAUAACCAUCACAGGGACCAGACAGGAGGUGAAGCAGGCCAAGGAGAUGAUUCUAGAAAAAGUCAGAGAGGAUGUGAUGGUGAGGACGAAGAUCUCUGAGUCUUCUGCCCUUCGUCACAAACGCGGCCAUACUGUUGAAAAUCAAAAGCCAGACAUUGUGGAGACGCCGUUGCUGCUGCGCCUGAACAACAACGAACCCAUCUGCCUAAAAGAGAAGAAUGGACGGGUCCAUGCUAAUGGAAACACUGGAGAAUCCCAAAAUAUACUUGACCAGAUGGAGGAGGAGGAAGAGGAGGAAGAAGAAGAAAGGAGUCUCUCCACAGAGUCACCCACCGACACGUCAAAGUUUGAAAUCUCCAGCCCAGACCUGAGCUUCCAGCCUGACGAACACUUGGAGGUCUACGUUUCUGCCUCAGAGAACCCCAACCACUUCUGGAUCCAGAUCCUGGGGGUCCGCUCGCUCCAGCUGGACAAGCUGACGGAGGAGAUGAACCGCUUCUACAGCAGCGGAAACCCAACAGAGCAGCGGGUGGAGACCAUAGUGGUGGGGGACAUCGUUGCCGCGCCGUACCAAAACCACGGCACGUGGAACAGGGCAAAGGUGCUGGGAGUCCUGGGCUCGGGACUGGUGGACCUUUACUACGUAGACUUUGGGGACAACGGGGAGCUGCCCAGGGACGGUCUCCGACGCCUGAGGAGCGACUUCCUCAGCUUGCCUUUCCAAGCUAUUGAGUGCAACUUGGCAGGAGUGAGACCAAAAGGGGAGGCGUGGACCGAGGAAGCCCUGGGCGAGUUUGAACGGCUGACAUAUUGUGCUUCCUGGCGGCCCCUGCAGGCCAAAGUCUGCAGUUACUCCCAUUCGGAGGUGUCCUCCUGGCCCACUGUCAAGCUGUAUGACAACGAGGGACAGGUGUUGGACAUCGGUGAGGAGCUUAUACGGCUGGGUCACGCCGUCGGCUUCCAGGAAGAUUUGAACGGGGGCGCUGAAGGCGACAAUCUCGGCUCCCUGCAAAGGAUGUUGAAUGAUGUGAUAGGAGCGUCAUCAGAGCUCAGUCUCUCUUGCAUCAGUUUAUCAGGUGAGUAGAAACAUCUUAAAUCC